CAUACUGACGUAGUGGCGUYAGKCACGUAACUAACGCGUCACGUAAUGUGACGUGUCACAGACUAUGUAACCAGGAAGAGCUAAACUUCAUCAUGCUAACAGAUACCAAUGAUGAAGACGUGUCUCUGUUUGAUGCCGAGGAGGAUGCAGGGAAAAGGUCAAAGAAGAAUAUCAAGCAUCCGGUGGCAUCCUUCUUCCACCUCUUCUUCAGAGUCAGCGCUACGCUCGUCUACCUGUUCUGUGAGCUCGUCAGUGGAAGUUUCAUCGCCUCCAUGGUCACGAUCAUCCUUCUGCUCUCCUGUGACUUCUGGACUGUAAAGAACAUCACAGGCAGGUUGAUGGUUGGUCUGCGGUGGUGGAAUCAGGUGGAUGACGACGGGCAAAGCCGCUGGGUGUUUGAGUCGCGGAAGGGUGCUGGGAAGCAGCAAACGUCGGAUUCAGAGUCCCGAAUCUUCUGGCUUGGACUGAUAGUUUGCCCGGUCAUCUGGGGAAUCUUCGCCUUUAGCACAUUAUUUUCAUUUAAGAUUAAAUGGAUGCCUGUAGUGAUCAUGGGUUUGGUGCUGCAAGGAGCUAAUCUGUACGGAUAUGUGCGGUGUAAAGUGGGAGCAAAGACCAGCCUAAAGAACAUGGCCACUAAUUAUUUUGGCCGACAGUUCUUGAAACAGACGCUGUCUAAAGAAGAGGAAUCGUAGAGUUUUGCACGUCUGCAAUUUUCCUAAUAUCGUAGAACAAGUGGAGACAGGAAUCUUUCCAAAAUGGACUAAAGACAUUGGUUUUGUUUUGAAUUUAAUGUUCAAAUCCUCCAAGUUAUUUUCAUGUUUCAUUCAGAGGUUUUGGUUGCUGUUUUUCAGGAACUGAACCUGCGCAAUAAACACUCUUUACUAACACCUCAGACAUGAGUGACAAAAACCUGCAAUGUUAACCUGACUAGUUUGUGUUGUAGUCUCAUAAAUAUACCUUUAGUUUGUGUUUUUGUUUCUUAUUUUUCAAUAAUUUAAUGCAACUUUAAGCAAUUUUUCAGAUGUUUUGUAAAGAAGUUUUCUUGCACAACAGGCUGUGUAAAGUAUUCCUUGUAAAUAUGUAAGUAAAACAAACUAUGUGGAAUAUCUUGUGGGCAAAUGCAUUUGGGACUUUAUUUUCUGACUAGUUCCCUGUUUUUAUUUAUGCAAUUUUAUUAUCCAGAAACAAAAGUAAACCUGCUUUUAGUUCAGGUAUGUGCAUGUCAGGAAAGAAUAAAAACAAAGACUGUCAUUGUCUUUGUUUUUAUUCUAAACCCUAAAUUUAAAUUUAGGGUUUAGAAUAAAACCCUAAAUUUAAAUUCUAAACCAUAAAUUUAAAUUGAAUAGCAAUGAUACAAAAACACACAAGGUUUGCAGCUUUGCUUGUUUUUAAUUACAUUUGCAGAUUUUUUUUCUACGGCCCAGCACUUUAAAGGUGCCACCACAGCAUCUCAUUUAUGUUGAGGUCUGAGCUUUGACUCGGGCCACUGUAACACCUGCUCUCUUUUAGUUUUCAGUUAUUUAUUUUUGCUUUGUGUUUGAUUAUUAUCAUUUUGAUGAUCCAGCAUGGUUUUUAAAAGGCUCAACCUUAUGAAAGUAUCAAAGGUGAAUGUUUUUCUCCGCAAUCUAAUGCCAUAAAAACCACAGUGUGCUUUUGUACACUUAAGGUUAGAUUUAAAUAAUCAACCUAAUGGAGAUCAGAUCAUUUUUAUUAGGUUCUCAUGUGUAUUUUCAGUGAAGGUGUGCUUUCUUUUUGUGUGUGUUUAGUUUAACUUUUUCCAUAAGCAAAUACUCAUUGCAUUAAAAUGCAUAUGACUCCGCCUGGUUGUGAAACCUUAACUUAGUCUUCUGCUGUUGGGUUUAAUGGCUUUAGUUUUUAAUAAAACAACGCCCUCUGGUGUCUA